AUGAAGCAGAGCGAUGAGUACCAAAUGCAUGUUAUUCUUGGGGACAGUACGUACUGUAGAAUUAAGACAGAAGUUUUCAAGGGGGAGCCGGGUGAUCCCAUAGUUGAGGGUAUUACCUUCAGGUGGACAAUCCAUGGUGGGGAGUUUUCGAGUGAUGGGUGUUGGUUUUCUCGGGAGGUUCAGGAUAGCCAACAACUUUAUAGCUUAGAUGUUCUAGGAGUGGAAGUUCAGGGUGAGAAUGAUCAACUUGAUGUGCACAGAGAGUUUAAGGAAAACAUUGUUCAUGACAUAAACAGGAGAUACAAGGUAAGAGUUCCUUUGGAUUCCAGGAACUCAGUUGAGUGAGGACAAAUGAAACGCAGAGUAGAUCACGUUUGAAGCGAGUGGAGAGGAAACUUCAGCAAGAUGAGUGUUUGCGGAAGGAUUAUGAAAAGAUCAUUAUUGACCAAGUUGCGGCCGGAAUAAUAGAGAAAGCCCCUGACACGCCAACUGGGGAACGGGUAUUUUACAUGCCACAUAAACCUGUACUCAAACAAGAUGCAAUUACGACAAAAACUCCUUGGAUGGUUUUCAAUGCCAGCACCAAACCACAACCUAUUUCAAGCAUUGUCAAUGAAUGUAUGUACCCAGGUCCUCCUUUCCAACCCCUGUUGUGGGACAUACUAGUCUGUGCACGAAUGUUGCCAUACCUGUUGAUUGGAGAUAUUGAGAAGAGAGAAACUGUAGGAAAUGGGUGA